AUGCAAGAUGCCAUCAUCAGUUUCUCCCAUGUUAUUAGCCUUCGCACAAUACUUGUUUCACACUUUGAGGUUUUUGUUCCCCAUGGACCAUCUCAUCGUACCAUCCAACGUUGCGUUGCAUCACGCUUCAAUCGCACGAUGUCGAAGUUUUCUUUCGGAGCCAGCUCUCUUGUCCUACCUGUACUAGGCGACCUUCAAGCUGCAACGACACGCAAAAGUUUUUGCGAGCCCAGUAAAGCUUACGCUGGCMAUGGCUGUCAGGAAUUGCAAGAUAUAACAUUGGCCGCGUUUGCUCUGCUUGUUGAAGCAUACAUCAACUCUCCGGACAUCUCUUUCUUGCACGGAAGCCAUUCUGGUACCCAUUGGGAUCUACAAGGAUGCAGCAUCAGCAUUGGACAUCAUCAUUCCAUCAAGGAACUGCUGUCCGGCGUACGGAGCGGUGUAAGCGYUUUGGAUCAAGUGCCCGACCAAGCUCCAUGUAUGCUUUUACGCACCGAGGAUGUUGGAAACCUGCCGCGAGACAUUGACAUUCAUUGCGGUUUGGUGCUUGCAUAUUCCUCAAAUCCUAGCCAUGGAAGUUUUCCAGAGUGUGUCCAUUACGAUCCUUCUGUGAUGAGUCUCCAAUCCGCACGGCGACUCUUGUCGCAGUUCGUUCAUAUUCGACGCCAAAUUACUUCGAUGGAUCGAACAUCAUCACUCGAUGCCGUGGAUAUACUGAGCGAAGAGGAUGCCGACCAAAUUAGUGAAUUGAAUGCCAUUCCAGAGGAGAAAGACUGGCGCACUAUCAACCAACGUAUCGCGGUUUGGACGUCUCAAGAUGCAAACAAACUUGCGGUGACCGCCUGGGACGGGCAGUUGACAAGAGGUCAGCUGGAUGAUGCCUCCCACCUUCUUGCCCGUUUUUUAGCCCGACAGGGCUGUGGUCGAGGACAGAUUGUUGCGAUCAUCAUGCCGAGAUGUACGCGAGUGCCGGUUGCGAUGGUGGCCGUCUUGAAAGCAGGAGCUGCUUUUGUGAUACUUGACCAGGGCCUACCGGUGGAGAGAUUGAGGGCCAUGAUCUCCAUUAUAUCAUGCUCUUUCGUGCUAUCGUCAAUGGAGAGCGCAUCACUAGCAACGCAGCUCGUUUCUAACGUCAUCGCUGUAGAAGAAAAUGGGAUGCCUGUUCUGGUCAGUGCACAAGGUGUCUUCGGUCCACGCAGCUUUCCGGUAUUUGUGUCGCCCGAUGAUCUAGCAAUCAUCAGUUUUACCUCGGGGAGCACCGGGAAGCCGAAAGCUGUUGCGUGGCAGCAUUUUGCCAUAUGCUCGGUCCUAAAACUCGGGACGAUCUUCCCCGGAAGACCAGAAAUCAGCAGCCUGCAUCGAACGUCGUAUAGUUUUGCGUGGGCUACAUUGGAAAUUUUGACCUCGCUUAUGAACGGCGGAGUGCUGUGUGUACCCAGCGACGACGAACUAUCGGACGAUCUUCGUAAUGCUAUCCGUCGUCUAGAGCCUCAGUGGAUGGCAAUCCCGCCUUCUUUGGCCAAGUCCUUGGAUCCCCGGAAACUCCCGUCUCUUGAGGCGGUCGACAUGAUAGGCGAGCCAGGUUCGGCUACCCUACGAAAGACUUGGCUCGACAACCAAGUAAGACGUCUUGAAAACCACUAUGGUUCAACGGAGGCAGGAAUCAGUGCUUGUCUGGCUCUUUCAUUGCUCUCUGACAGUCAAAGUAUUGGCAAAUGCGUUGGCAAGAGAGGUUGGGUCGUAGACCCGAAGGAUCAUGAUCGGUUGAUGCCUGUCGGUGCAAUUGGCGAGCUGAUCCUCGAGGGUUACGGCAUCGCCAAAGAAUACAUCCUUGAGCCCGAGAAGACAUCAGCAGCGUUCAUCCAGAGUCCAAAAUGGGCUUCGUCCUUUGGCGCUGGCCAGGGCGACAGACGCUGGUUCAAAACAGGUGAUCUCGUCAGGUACGAUGGCCGGGGAGAAUUUCUUCUGCUUGGCYGGAAGGACUUCCAAGUGAAGCUCCGGGGUCAGCGCAUUGAGCCAUCCGAGGUAGAGGAGUCGAUAAAGCAGGCGCUUGGCAUGGAGAUUGUAGACGUGAUCGUUGACAUCACUCUCGUGGCCAAUGAUCCAUUCAAGCAACGUCUAACCGCGUUCAUGAUCUUACGCUGGCGCGAACACACAGAUGAGUAUGUUGGAGAACUCCAACGAAAGAUGACGGCAUGCCUAAGUCAGCGACUUCCCUCAUUCAUGAUUCCAGCAAAAGUUAUUGUCUUGGAAGCUUUCCCCAAAACCGCUUCCGGCAAGCUCAGCAGAAGGGCCUUACGGGAACUUGGACAGGACGCAACACUGUCGGAAGGUGUUGAUUCCYCUCCUUCUCCUAAAAGCAUUCAGAAUGACGAGUAUUUCUUCAAGUUAAGAAAGGCGUGGUCCGAAACUCUGCAUGUCGAUGCAACGGACUUGUCUUACGCAAGCAAUUGGACAGAGCUAGGUGGAGACUCCGCGAGCGCCGUGAUGCUGUCUCGCAAGGCAAGAGAAGCCGGCUUCUCGAUAAACAUGUCCGACAUCUUGSAGUUUCCGAACAUGAUGGAACUGCUGCAAAGAAUCAAACAAUCGAACUCAAAGAAUGGUUUCUCGAAACCUCGGGACCGUGGAUCCUUUGCGCGGGUGGCUGAGGGAACAUGGUAUUCAACGACGUCGUUUCAAAGAUACUGUGCAAGCAUGAGUUCCAGCUCGCAUCGUUCACUUAUACUCUACCACAUAUUGACGAUGCGUGGCAGUGUGGACGUCCAGAAAUUGCGGAACGCCGUCUCCCUUAUUUUCCAGCGGUACGACUCCCUGAGACUCACCUUUACACAUGAUGGAGCCAAGCAAAUGGCUCUGCCUGCUUCGGACCCGCAGAUAUUGCAAAGAAUCAAGAUCGUUGAGUGCAACGAUGUGAAUGAAGGGGUUCAAACACUCUUGGCUCAGCUCCAGUCCCUUGAGAAGUCUUCUGGUAACCAGCCCGUCACUUGGAUGAUAUUAGUUUCAUCAAGCCAGGUCAAGGUACUGACUAGUAUGCAUCAUAAUAUUGUGGAUGGCACAUCCAUGGGACUGAUCCUUCGAGCCUUGCAGAAGGGAUAUGAGACAGGAGAGGUCUCAUUCCCCGAAGUGCAGUUCCUGCCCUAUCUUGAAAAAAGGCUUCUACCGCAAGUCUCGGAUUCGUACGAGUACUGGCGAGAUCUCCUGGAGGGUUCCAAGCCCACAAUGCUUCGAAAGGAUGGUAUGGCUCUUGCGAACGAUAAUGGCGAGAUAUCAGACAUUUCCGCGAAGCGCAUCGUCGUGCUACCCACAGCUUUGCCUGCAGGGGCAACGCUKUCAACUCUGGUCAAGAGCGCCUGGGCGAUAAUGCUAGCCCGUAUGGUCAGCAGCUAUGAUGUCGUGUUCUACUACCUCGUGAAUGGCAGAGACGAAGCCAUUCCCGGGUCAUCAAGUGUCGUAGGCUGCUGCGCCACAGAAGUCCCAAUGCGCGUCCGCAUUUCUGACACCAUGACAGUGGCCUCGCUACUAAAGCAGGUACAGUCUCAGGUCCUCGCCGCGCUCCCUCACGCCCAUCUAGGAGCCGACUCCAUCACACGGGAAUGCGCUCCUCAAUGGUGCGGAGAUGUCAAAUACCGACACAGUAGUUUCUUGCUUCAUCAAAACUUCGAUUCCGCGAAGCACUUCACGCUCGGUGAUAAAGCAUACGUCGACGUAGAAAUGAUAUGCGUCGACGAUUCGAUCAUGGACUUUUCAAUCACUUCGUCGGCUCUAGGAAAUGGUGGACUAGAGGUCGUCCUUGAGGCUUCGAAGCGUUGGUACUCUCAAGAGGAGGUUGAUCUCGUUAUGAACGCGCUAGUGCGUGUCCUGGGGAGUUUGAGUCGUGAUCCUGACAUGCCGUUGGCACAGUGUCUAAAGGACGCAGACUCCAUUGGACUUUGA